AUGCUCAUUUUAGUUGAAACUGCUGCUGGAUAUGGACUUUUUAAAGUUGAGAAUAGUAAAUUAAUUGAGUCAGAUGUAAAAGAUAUUGAAAAAUGUUUUGUUACUAGCGAAGAAGCAAGAAAGAAUGUAUCUUUGUACAGUUUUAGUAAAUUUAAAAAGUUUCAAAAUGCAUUUGAUGAAACAAAUAAAUUAAUGGAAUCGAAGUUAGGGAAAGGGUUAAAGAAAUUUUUAAAAAAGAAUAUAAUAAAACCUAAAUUGAAUGAGCCCUUGGCUUUAUGUGAUAAGACUCUGGGUGGAUUGAUAAAAAAGAAAUAUAAUAUAAAUGUAACAUAUACGAAUUCAACACAAGAAAUUAUAAGAGGAAUACGUACGCAUUUAUACGAAUUAUUAGUAGGAGUAAAUGAGGAAGAUUCUAAAUUAUUAAAAUUAAGUUUAUCACAUUCAUUAAAUAGAUUUAAAUUAAAAUUCAGUGCUGAUAAGGUAGAUGUAAUGAUUGUUCAGGCAGUUGGGUUGUUAGAAGAUUUAGAUAAAGAAAUUAAUGUUUUUUCAAUGCGUUUAAAAGAAUGGUAUGGUUGGCAUUUUCCUGAGUUAGGUAAAGUAAUAACAGAUAAUAAAAUAUAUGCGAAAUGUGUAAAAUUGAUAGGUUUUAGAAAUAAUGCAAAAAAUGUAAAUUUAUUAGAAGAAACAACAGAAGAAAUACAAAAAGAAAUAAAACAAUUAGCUGAAAUAUCUAUGGGAACUGAAAUCGAAGAUGAUGAUUUAAAUUGUAUAAAUGAAUUAGCUGAUAGAUUAUUAGAAUUAACAGAUUAUCGUGAAUCUUUAGCAACAUAUUUAAAAUAUAGAAUGAAUUCUAUUGCACCUAAUUUAACAUAUUUAGUAGGUGAUUUAGUUGGUGCAAAAUUAAUUGCAAAAGCAGGUUCUUUAAUGUCUCUAGCUAAACAUCCAAGUUCUACUUUACAAAUACUAGGUUCAGAAAAAGCUCUCUUCAGAGCAUUAAAAACCAAAUCCAAAACACCCAAAUAUGGUCUUAUAUAUCAUGCAACAUUAGUUGGACAAACCUCUCCUAAAUUAAAAGGAAGAAUAAGUAGAUCUUUGGCUGCUAAAUUAUCUUUAUGUACUAGAGUUGAUGCACUAGGUAAUUUUGUAGAACCUUCUAUAGCUAUUACAUGCAAAUCACAUUUAGAAAAGAGACUAGAAUAUAUCACAAGUAAUUUACAGAAAAAAUUAAGUAACCCAAAUAAUAACGUGAAAGCACAACAACAAGGACAACAAAAUAAAUAUAAUCCUAAUCAAAAAAAUGAUGGACAAAAUAAUUUCAACUCUUUUAAUAAGAGGAAAAGUGAUUUUAGAUUUAAAAGGGAAGCUGAUAAAAAUAACAAAAAGUUUAUAAAGAAGCAAAAAAGGAAGUAA